AGCCAUUGGGUGAGCCCUUGAAGGGGCACACUGGCGCGGUUAACUCAGUCUCGUUCUCACCGGAUGGUACUCGCAUCGCGUCUGGUUCAUGGGAUAACACUGUGCGGCUGUGGAAUGCAGCGACGGGAGAGCCAUUGGGUGAGCCCUUGAAGGGGCACACUGGCGCGGUUUACUCAGUCUCGUUCUCACCGGAUGGUACUCGCAUCGCGUCUGGUUCAUUGGAUAACACUGUGCGGCUUAUGAAAAUGCUGCCAUCACUCGAGUCAACGGAGCUGGAUCCCUUUACAUCUCCACUGCAUCGAAGUACCGCAUCUCCCACUCAAGAAAAUCGUAUCACGCCAACCAACACUUGUAACCAUCCCCCCAUUUCCUUCUCGUCCUGCCUGAAACACGCCCUGCCAAACCCCGCUGACUUGCUCGAACCCGCCUCUGAUCAUGAUUCUGAUUCAACCCCUUUCUUGCUGCAACCUGAUGGGUGGAUCAUAGGACCCAGACAUGAGCUUCUUUUCUGGGUACCUCCCGCUUCCCAACACGCGUUUUAUACUCCUUGGACGUUAUUGGUGAUACCCAGAGGAUAUCCUGAGCUUGAUUUGAGCUGCAUGGCCCAUGGGACGCGCUGGUCGAGUUGCCGAGACGCCUCCACGUAACGAUGAUUUUAUUGCUGCAAU